AUGUCCGGAAUCUGGGGCUGGUUCGGCGGCGCCAGCGCUGCCCAAAAGCGAAAGGACAGCCCCAAGAAUGCGAUCCUCGGUCUCCGAUCACAGCUGGAGAUGUUGCAAAAGAGGGAGGCGCAUCUCCAGAAACAGAUAGACGAGCAAGAUGGCCUUGCCCGGAAAUAUGUCAGCACGAAUAAGAACGCCGCGAAGAUGGCUUUAAAGAGGAAGAAGCAACACGAACACUCGCUCGAGCAGACUCAGGCGCAAAUCGGCACUCUCGAACAACAAAUAAACGCGAUAGAAUCGGCGAACAUCAACCGCGAGACUCUCGCGGCUAUGGAGAAGGCGGGAGAGGCCAUGAAGCAGAUCCACGGAAAGCUGACGCCGGAGAAGGUGGACGAGACGAUGGAGAAACUCCGAGACCAGAAUGCCCUCAGCGAAGAAAUCGUCGCCGCCAUCACGAGCAACGCUCUCGGGGAAACCGUGGACGAGGACGAGUUGGAAAAGGAGUUGGAGUCUCUCCAGCAAGAACAGUUGGACGAACAGAUGCUUUUGACCGGCCCGGUGCCUGUGGCCGAUGCCGUUCACAAGAUGCCCGCCGUGGCAAAUGGAAAGAUUCCCGACAAGGCGAUCGAAGAAGACGACGAAGAGGCGGAACUCAGGAAACUCCAGGCGGAAAUGGCCAUGUAA